AUGUUCGACGAGCUGGCUGUACUUUUCAUCGAUGUUGUCGAUAACGGAAUCUUCCCAGUCACUCGCAAGGGAAGCGAAGUGGUCCCAGUUGAUAUAGGUCGUAGGGCUUCGUUUCCUAAAAUUCGUAGCUCUCUCUCCAUGCACUUAGAAGCAGAAUCUAGCGAGGCGGAGACGAUGGUCCGAUCCCGUGCAGAACUUCGGAACAACAGCGACAUCAGUCAGGCAAAAACUCCGAUUGAAGAUGAUGUGGUCUAUUUCAUUAUGGAAAUUCUGGAACUGCGAGUUACCAUGGAUGGUUGUGUUGACAUGAUAAACUCGGACAGCCUUUCACCCUGCUCGUUACAUAUCACUACGUGA